UGAAGAGCUCAAGAGGAAUUUUUACUGAUGGGAAUCUGUCUCUGCUGGACAUGUCAACCCUUUGCCUUUCUUUGCAAAUGAUCCUCUCUGAUCUUUGACGUCUCUGCUCUGAGCACGCUUUCCCACCUGAGGAGUCUGUUUCUAGAGUCUGGUCUUUUGCAAACAGACCAGUUGACAGAAGAGUUGAAAAUGUCAGAGCUCAGCUCCAAAAAACAAGGAUUUAAAAAAUGCAGGAGUGCCACUUUCAGCAUUGAUGGCUUCAGCUUCACUAUUGUGGCGAACGAAGCAGGAGAGAGCAGUUCGAGGCCUCUGGCACGCUUCGCACGUUCCAAGUCUCAGAAUGCUUUGUGGAAUGCCAUCACAGCGGGCAUCGGGAUCAAGGACAAGGACAAGCGUGGCAUUCUGAUUGACCCCCGGAGCCCGGAGGAGAUUCUAGCCGAUGACCUGCCCACUGUCGACAGCCCUGAUGCCAUGGAGAAGACCGCAAUCAGGCUAAGAUGUUUGGUGAAACAGUUGGAGAGAGGUGAGGCUUCAGUUGUCGACCUGAAAAAAAACCUAGAAUAUGCUGCAUCCGUUUUGGAGUCCGUCUACAUUGAAGAGACGAGGCGGUUGGUGGACACAGAGGAUGAGCUCAGCGACAUCCAGUCCGACUCGGUUCCUUCAGAAGUGCGCGACUGGCUGGCGUCCACUUUCACACGUCAGAUGGGGCUGAUGUUGAGACGGUCUGAGGAGAAGCCACGAUUUCGCAGCAUUGUGCAUGCGGUGCAAGCUGGGAUAUUUGUGGAAAGGAUGUACCGACGGACCUCCAACAUGGUUGGACUGAGCUAUCCACCCAGCGUGAUCACUGCCUUGAAGCAUGUGGAUACUUGGUCCUUUGAUGUCUUCACACUGAACGAUGCCAGCGGAGAUCAUUCACUAAAAUUUAUUUUUUACGAACUUCUCACCAGAUAUGACUUAAUCAAUCGCUUCAAGAUCCCUGUUUCUGCACUGGUGUCUUUUGUGGAGGCCUUGGAGGUGGGCUACAGCAAACACAAAAACCCUUACCACAAUCUAAUCCAUGCUGCAGACGUCACCCAGACAGUGCAUUACCUUCUGCUCAAGACUGGCAUGGUGCACUGGUUGACUGAGUUAGAAAUCUUUGCAAUGCUGUUUGCCGCAGCCGUGCACGAUUACGAACAUACCGGCACCACCAACAACUUCCACAUACAGACCAGAUCAGAUUCAGCUAUACUGUACAACGACCGUGCCGUACAGGAAAACCACCAUGUGAGCACUGCAUAUCGCCUACUGCAUGAUGACGAUGAGAUGAACAUCCUCUACAAUUUGUCUAAAGAUGACUGGAGAGAAUUUCGGACUCUGGUGAUUGAGAUGGUCCUGGCCACGGACAUGUCCUGCCACUUCCAGCAGAUUAAAGCCAUGAAGAACUUCCUCCAGCAGCCUGAAGCGAUUGAUAAACCUAAGGCCUUAUCCCUGUUACUGCACACGGCUGAUAUCAGCCACCCUGCCAAAAACUGGAACAUGCACCAUCGCUGGACAACCUCACUGCUGGAGGAGUUCUUCAGACAGGGAGAUAAGGAGGCGGAGCUUGGAUUGCCUUUCUCUCCUCUCUGUGACCGUAAGUCUACCAUGGUGGCCCAGUCUCAGAUCGGUUUCAUUGAUUUCAUCGUGGAGCCUACCUUCACCGUCCUCACGGACAUGAUCGAGAAAAUCGUUUCUCCGCUAGUCGAAGAGGCCUCGCACACUGGCCUGGCUGGAUUCAGACGAUCCAGCCUGAAUAACAUCCCGACAGAUGGUAAACGGUCUAAUGCGAGAAGCACAGGUUCAGAGAGCAGCACCUCUUUUAACUGCUCCAUACACACUGUCGAUUAUAAGUCCUUCAAGGGCACCUGGAACGAGGAAGUGCACAAAAACCGAGAGAAAUGGAAAGCGCAAGCAGCCAAAGAUUUAGAAGAGAAGGCCAAACAGGAAGAGAACGAGAAGAAAAACGAUGGUGCCACAGAUACGAAGAACAACGACAGCACAACAAAUAAAGACGAUAAUACUAAAACACCUGACAAAGACAAAAUCAACACGGACUCACCUGAGAAAUCGCAAGACAAAGGGAAAAAAGAAGCAAGACAAGAGAAUGACACCAAGGAGAAAGAUUCAAAAACUCAAGAGGACUCAAGAAAAGCUACGGUAGAUAACAAAGAACCCACAGAGCAGCAGCCCAGAGAGGAAGAGGGUAAUAAAGACCCAGGGGGGUUAAAUGGGGCACAAAUGCCAGCAUCUGAUGCCAAAGAUCCUGAGACCGGCAGUGACAAGGACAACAGUCAACAAGCACAAAACGGGAACGAGGAACUGAAUUCACCUUCACACAGUGAUGGUGGCGACAGUGAAAACAAAAUGUCAGAUGACUCAGAAGAGGAGCACAGUAACUGUGGGAACAGCCCCUCGUCACUGGCAGACAGUGCAGCCUCUGCGACUGAUACAAACUAACAGACUCCAAACCCUGUUCUGUGCUGUCACCUGGUGGUUACAUUCUUUUAUUACUCAUCUCAUUUCUUUUUUGAAGGACAUUUUGAAGAUUUUCUAUCUCUGAUGGACCUGCCUCAUGUUUUUUCUUCUUUCUUUUAUUCAAACCUGACUUUAAAGAUGCAUGGCCUCACAUGCAAACCUGGUUUUGAGUCGGAGAUACGCAAAACAAUCCAAGACUUUGUCUUGUUUAUGCCACGUGGGCCGAAUUCAUGAUAUCUCAUGGUGGUUUUCAGGAACUGUUGGAACCAAAACCACAUGAAAUUAAAUGUGUGCAUUAAUGUAGGCAACCCCAGCUGAUCUCCUCCCCAGGGACAACAACACAACAUCUGCCAGCCGCUCAAGCACCAAACCUCCAGACAGCAGAAAGAGAACCUCAAAGAACUUCAGUCCCAUGCAACCAGGCCACAGCCUUCAACGGGCCCUGAUUACAUCAUCCAAAGAAUGUCUGCAAAAUUGCUGUUUGUUUACCUCUUUUUUUUGCAAUUUUUUUAUCAAUAAGUGCAUUUACAUGCACACCGAUAUGCUGAUAACUACCAAACAUUAGUUCAUUUAAAAGCUCUGACAACACAUGGUAUGUUUUUGACAUAAAUAUGUGACUUGCACAACACUUGUGCACAUUGGAUAAACUGGUAAGAACAUCGGUAAAUGCAGCCACAAGAAAUGGGAGUAAUGGGCAAAAAUCUGUGUGUGCCAAUUGGUUUUUACUUUGAACGUUUAUGACCUUACCAUGAUAAAGGUAGGACAUUUACAUGACCUUAAACGUUCUUAUUAAGCAUAAUUGGUGUAAUAUUGUGCAUGUAAACCCACUCAUUAUUUGUUAUUAACUGUUUAUUAGUAGUGAUACUGAUGUUGCAGUCAUCCUGAUUUUUGUUACUGUAUGUGUAAGAUACUGUACAGCUUCCAGAGUGUCCGUUCUCUGUACAUAUGCUGAUGUGAAACAAACCUUGUAUGUUAUAGAGGGUUUCAAUGUUAGUUUAAUGACCCGUAAGUGUUUGCCAACAUCCUUUGCCAAUUAAGAAAUAUCAUACAAGCAGGAGUAAUGUUAUACUGAAUAUCUCAGCCGAGUCACAGCCGUGAAGAAUUCAGUACCACAACACGAUUAAGUGUGAUUUCUGCUUUUAUACAAAAGUUUAUAGACAAGGAGAUAAUAUUGAGUAGCUUACAUUUUAGGCCAUGUAGACACUAAUAUGUUUUGAGUUGAAAACGCUUUGAUUUCACUAAAUCUAGUGUGCUCUUUUCAUCCACACUUGGGCCAAAUCCACUCUAAUGCGGCUUUGUUUGACAACUCUGUUUUAGUUUCCUAAAGUCACCGUUUUCCAAAGUAUACAGUAAUGGAGAGAGUUUCUGAAACAAUCCAUUUUCAGUGGAGGAUGAGAGGUGCAAACUUAGCAAAAUGAAUGCGUUUUCAAAGGAAAAGUAUUAGUGUGGAUUUGGCCAAGUACAGCGUUUCCCUCCACCGAAAAUGAAGCGUUUCGAAAACACUCAACAUUCAAAAUCAAUUUCUAUUUAACUGUGUUAAUGAAUAAACAGAAAAAUAGAAAUCAAGUAAAAAAAAAGUUCAAAACUAGGCCUACAUGUAUAUAGGCUGUCAUAAAUAACCAACAAAAUCCUUGUAGAAACGUUUGUUGCCUCAACCAAAGAUGAUUAUAAUGUCUGUAUCUUUUAACUGGAGGUCAUCCUAAGCCAUCAAACGCGCAUGCUUUGUGAGUCAUCGGUUUUAAAGACUGACAGAUAGAAAAGGGAAAGAAAGAAUAAUGCAUUGUUGCCUUAAAUCUAUUAUUAAUUCAUGAUCUUGUGAAUUAUUUCUAAUGUCCUUCAUUCAUGCCGCUCUAAUAGAAUAUUCCUAGAAUAUUUUUGUUGAUAUUCUGUCACUGUUUAGUUUGUCCUUCCCUGACUCUGUUAUGGGUCACGACACAAAGGUGUAAUUUGUUUUGUUUUCUAUGUGGUAGUGUAAAAGUUAAUUGUUAUUCUUUUUUUUUUUUACACUGGCGGCCAAUGGUUUGGAAUAAUGUACAGAUUUUUGUGUUUCGGAAGGAAAUUGGUACUUUAUUUCACCAAAGUGGCAUUCAACUGAUCACAAAGUAUAGUCAGGAUAUUACUGAUGUAAAAAAAUGAAAAAAGUCAUUUUUGAUCAAAUCUACAUUUGACAGCCCCCAUUUCCAGCAGCCAUCACUCCAACACCUUAUCCUUGAGUAAUUAUGCUAAACUGAAGAAAAUCACUUGCCAUUAUAUCAAACACAGCUGAAAGCUAUUUGGAUCAUUAAAUGAAGCUUAACAUUGUCUUUGUGUUUGUUUUUAGUUGCCACAUUAUGCAAUAGACUGGCAUGUCUAAAGGUCAAUAUUAGGUCAGAAAUGGCAAAAAAGAAACAGCUUUCACUAGAAACUCGUCAGUCAAUCCUUGUUUUGAGGAAUGAAGGCUAUACAAUGCUUGAAAAUGCAAAAGAUUUCAUACAAAUUUGUACAAUACAGUCUUCAAAGACAAAGCACAACUGGCUCUAACAAGGACAGAAAGAGUUGUGGAAGAUCAGAUGUACAACUAAACAAGAGGAUAAGUACAUCAGAGUCUCUCGUUUGACGUCUCACAUGUCCUCAGCUGACAGCUUCAUUGAAUUCUACCCGCUCAACACCAGUUUCAUGAACAACAGUAAAGAGAAGACUCAGGGGUGCAGACAUUAGGAGAAGAAUUGCAAAGAAAAAGCCACUUUUGAAACAGAAAAAUCUAAAGAAAAGUUUAGAGUAGGCAAAGAAACACAGACAUUGGACAACAGAUAAUUGGAAAAGAGUGUUAUGGAUCUUAACCCCAUUGACCUUUUUUAGGAUCAGCUAGACUGUAAGGUGUGCGAGAAGUUCCUGACAAGACAGUCACAUCUAUGGCAAGUGCUACAGGAAGUGUGGGGUGAAAUGUCAUCUGAGUAUCUGGACAAACUGACAGCUAGAUUGCCAAGGAUCUGCAAAGCUGUCAUUGCUGCAUGUGGGGGAUUUUUUGAUGAGAAAUCUUUGAAGUAGUUUAAGAAGUUCAGAAUUGUUUUGAAUUUGUAAUAAUAAUUUUUCUAAUAAAAUGUCCUGACUAUACAUUGUGAUCAGAUGAAUGCCACUUUGGUAAAUAUAAGUACCAAUUUCUUUCCAUAAGAUCAAAAUCUGUACAUUAUUCCAAACUUUUGAAAACCAGUAUAUAUAUAUAUAUAUAUAUAUAUAUAUAUAUAUAUAUAUAUAUAUAUAUAAACCAUCUCAUUGGCAUUUCAUUCUUAAAUGACUGUAAAAGCUCAAAUUCAUUCAUAUAUGAAUGUCUGCAGGAUGCUUUGCCCAAAUUUGCGAACUUUGCAGUGCUCCUUUGAUUGGUUGAUGCUGUGCUGUUAUAAAAUAGUACAUGUGUUAUAAUGAUAUAAAUUUGUGUUUAAUUGUGUUUGACACCAGCAGAAUAGAGAGUUGCUGACAGUACACUCCUCACUGAAUGAAAUCAGUACAUGCAAAGAUUACUCACGUUUAUUGUGGUUAUAACUGUGAUUUUGUAUUUCUGACAUUUUUUGCCACUGAUAUCUUGAGAGUUCUGCAAAAUCCUCUUCAACCUCAUCUUUAGCUUGUUUGGACUGUGAGAUGUGAGAUACUCAAAAUGAAAUGCUGUACAUUAAUUGAAAAUGAAGAGUAAAUAUGGCACAGUGAGAUACUGACUAAAUGAGUCGUUUUAUAGUUCUGCUUUGUAGUAACUCUUGUUCAGCUCAGUCAAUUAUGUGUCUGCCUGGCAACAUCUAUAUUUUUGGUAAAAAAAAAAGUUAUAUUUUGUUCCUUUUUUAUUAUUAUUAUUUCGCUAACACAACAAAUGGCUCCAUUAGUAAAGCAAAUGGAUACUUCUAUUAUUAUGUACUCAGUACAAGCAGUGCAUGAGUAACAUUUGAUUUCUAGUGUUGUGCUUCCAUCUGUUGGGUGUCUAAUGUACUGCAGUCAGGUACAUACACUGAAGUUGCCAGAUGUUUUCUAAAACACCCCUUCCUCCAAUAUUAAUAUCUGUUGAUUAUGUUUUUUUAAUUAUUUUUAAGGGGGAAAAAAAUCAUCAGAAGGCAGGUGUGAUCAUGCUUGUUUUGAUGCUCCAUAAUUGCACUUUUGUGACAAUAAAUCUUUACUCAAA